AGGUUUCAGUAGCGGCGCAGAGCGCAAGCUGGGAACACGAGGCCAAGAGCCGCAGCUCAAGCCGCCUCAGUGCAGUGUACCGGGCACUAGCCGGCUUGCAGCCCCAGGAUUAGCCCGAGGACACGUCCUCAGCCCGGCCGCCGCCCAGCCGCCCUCACCUGGAUUACCUACCGCCGCAGUUUGAGCAGAGCUAGCGAGAAGGCGAAGCGGGAGGAAAGCCCCAGAAGAGCCUGGCUUUCCAGGGACCCCCUCCGGCGGACAGACGCGCGGGAAAGCGGCGUCCCGAACGAAGCCAGCUCCAGGGCGGGCGCGGGGAGAGAGCGACGCUCCAGGGGAUGGCAGCCGCGUCCUGUAGCGCCUCUGGCUGGGCGCUACUGCUGCUGGUGGCACUUUGGCAGCAGCGCGCAGCCUGCUCCGGAGUCUUCCAGCUGCAGCUGCAGGAGUUUGCCAACGAGCGAGGCGUACUGGCCAGCGGGCGGCCGUGCGAACCCGGCUGCAGGACCUUCUUCCGCGUCUGCCUUAAGCACUUCCAGGCGGUCGUGUCGCCCGGGCCCUGCACCUUCGGCAGCGUCUCUACGCCUGUGUUGGGCACCAACUCCUUCGCCGUCGGGGACGAUAGUAGCGGCGGGGGACGCAACCCUCUUCAACUGCCUUUCAAUUUCACCUGGCCGGGUACCUUCUCACUCAUCAUCGAAGCUUGGCACGCGCCAGGAGACGACCUGCGGCCAGAGGCCUUGCCACCAGACGCCCUCAUCAGCAAGAUCGCCAUCCAGGGCUCCCUAGCUGUGGGCAAGAACUGGUUACUGGAUGAGCAGACCAGCCCCCCCACGAGGCUGCGCUACUCUUACCGGGUCAUCUGCAGUGACAACUACUAUGGGGACAGCUGCUCACGCCUGUGCAAGAAGCGCAAUGACCACUUCGGCCACUACGUGUGCCAGCCAGAUGGCAGCCUGUCCUGCCUCCCCGGCUGGACUGGGGAGUACUGCGAAGAGCCUAUCUGUCUUUCUGGCUGUCAUGAACAGAACGGCUACUGCAGCAAGCCAGCGGAGUGCAUCUGCCGCCCAGGCUGGCAGGGCCGCCUCUGCAACGAAUGCAUCCCCCACAAUGGAUGUCGCCACGGCACCUGCAGCAUCCCCUGGCAAUGCACCUGCGAUGAGGGCUGGGGCGGCCUCUUCUGUGAUCAAGAUCUCAAUUACUGCACCCACCACUCCCCAUGCAAGAACGGGGCGACGUGCUCCAACAGCGGCCAGCGGAGCUAUACCUGCACCUGCCGCCCGGGCUACACUGGCGUGGACUGCGAGCUGGAGCUCAGCGAGUGUGACAGCAACCCCUGUCGCAACGGGGGCAGCUGCAAGGACCAGGAGGAUGGCUACCGCUGCCUGUGUCCCCCGGGCUACUAUGGCCUGCACUGUGAACACAGUACUUUGAGCUGUGCAGACUCCCCCUGCUUCAAUGGGGGUUCCUGCCGGGAGCGCAGCCAGGGGGCCAGCUAUGCCUGCGAAUGCCCCCCCAACUUCAUGGGCUCCAACUGUGAGAAGAAAGUGGACAGGUGUACCAGCAAUCCGUGUGCCAAUGGGGGCCAGUGCCUGAACCGUGGUCCUAACCGCGUGUGCCGCUGCCGUCCUGGAUUCACAGGCCCCCACUGUGAACUCCACGUCAGCGACUGUGCCCGCAACCCCUGUGCCCACGGCGGCACUUGCCACGAGCUGGAGAACGGGCUCGUGUGCACCUGCCCCGAUGGCUUCUCCGGCCGGCGCUGCGAGGUGCGGAUACCAGCCGACGCCUGCUCCUCGGGACCCUGCUUCAAUGGGGCCACCUGCUACCCUGGCCUCUCCGAGGACAGCUUCAUCUGCAACUGUCCCUAUGGCUUUGUGGGCAGCCGCUGCGAGUUCCCCGUGAGCAUGCCACCCAGCUUCCCCUGGGUGGCUGUCUCUCUGGGUGUGGGCCUGGUGGUGGUGCUGGUCUUGCUGGGCAUGGUGGCAGUGGCUGUGCGGCAGCUGCGGCUUCGGCGGCCUGACGAUGGUAGCAGGGAGGCCAUGAACAACUUGUCGGACUUCCAGAAGGACAACCUGAUCCCUGCCGCCCAGCUCAAGAACACAAACCAGAAGAAGGAGCUGGAAGUGGACUGUGGCCUGGACAAGUCCAACUGUGGCAAACAGCAGAACCACACACUGGACUAUAAUCUGGCCCCAGGGCCUCUGGGGCGAGGGACCAUGCUGGGGAAGUACUCCCACGGUGAUAAGAGCCUAGGGGAGAAGGCGCCACUGCGGUUACACAGUGAAAAGCCAGAGUGUCGGAUAUCAGCGAUAUGCUCCCCCAGGGACUCCAUGUACCAGUCUGUGUGUUUGAUAUCAGAAGAGAGGAACGAAUGUGUCAUUGCCACAGAGGUAUAAGGCAGGAGCCUUCCCAGGACAUCCCAGCUCGGCCCCAGCAGCUGGAUCUUCCUUCUGCAUUGUUUACAUUGCAUCCUGGAUGGGACAUUUUUAAUAUGCAACGUGCUGCUCUCAGGAGGAAGAGGGAAUGGCAUGACCUGGACAGACUGUGAACUUGCCAAGAGAUGCAGUGCCCUUCCAUGCCUCUGCGUGUCUGUCUGGCAUCAGACUGGCAGCCGCGCCAGCCAGGGGAGCAGAGAGGAGAGGUGCCACUGGGACCCGCCCUGCUGGCAGUGGCCCUCACAGGGCCCCUCUGGGGAUCUGGCCUGUUUUCCGGAGGGAGCAGCAGUGGCCCCGUGGGGCCUGGAGCUGCUGUGGCCUCAACUGGCAUCUGUGUUUCCAAAAGUGCCUUUGGCCCAGGCCCCAUGGCGACAGCUGGGUCCGAAUCAGAGAGGAGAGAGGAGGCCAGUAUGGGCAGGGCCAUCUGUGGGCCAGGAUACCAUCGGGUGCGGCUCUUGGCAGGAGUUGCCCUGCAGGUGAGGUGAGCGCCUGAAGCGGGAGGAGCACUUUCUGCCCUGUGCCUCCAACUACCACAUGUGGGCCUUGUUCAGAACACCCCUCCAGCUUCUCCCUGGCCUUGGCCCUCUGGGCAAGGCUGUUCCCCAGCCUCUGGCCUUGGGUGCCUCUGCGUUCCCCUGGGCAGACAGGUGAAGGGCCUGCCCCAUCGGCCCGCCAGGGGAGCCAGGCCUAACUGGGGGGCUCGGGGCAGUGUUGUUAGAAAUUCCAGUGAGGGAGAAAUGAGGCGCCGUUGCCACCAAGGCCCUUCCCUCCCUCGAACCAUUCCUACAGCCUCGAGCCUGGGCUUUGCCCACACCCACUACUGCCCCCAGACCACCCUUGAAGCCGAUCUUCAGAAAUCAAUAAUAUGAGUUUUUAUUUUGUUUUUUUUUUUUUUUGUAGUUUAUUUUGGAGUCUAGUAUUUCAAUAAUUUAAGAAUCAGAAGCACUGACCUUUCUACAUUUUAUAACAUUAUUUUGUAUAUAAUGUGUAUUUAUAAUAUGGAACAGAAGUGUACAGGAGUUUA